UCAAUCAUGUAUUUCAUUUCCAACUGGACAGAAAACACAAUUUUAAAAAGUGUUUGGACUACUGACUUUUGAUUUCUUCUAAGGCAAAUGUAUAGGUAAUUUUUAUUCCCUGAUUAGGAGAAAAAAUGGUGGGAGAGGGCAGGGUUAAGAAUUAAGAUUUCAAGACCGUGAGAGGUAGAUGGCCAACCAGAGAUCCUAAGGUUCGGUGCCUGUAACUGUUGCUGCCGCUUAGCCUGCCAAAGCAGUGGUACAGCUGCUGCCCUCGUAUUUGCUCCCUCUAGAAACACUCUUGCCAGUAGUGGCGGCAGCGGGACUCAAUGACCCCCUUUUCUCACUCCCUCCAGAAGCUCCAGAUGGCGUCUUCCGUGGGCAACGUGGCUGACAGCACAGAGCCAAUGCAACAUAUGCUUUCCAUCCAAGGGUUAGCUGAGUUGGCACAUCGAGAAUAUCAGGCAGGAGAUUUUGAGGCAGCUCAGAGAUACUGCGUGCAGCUCUGGAGACAAGAGCCAGACAAUACUGAUGUACUUUUAUUACUUUCAUCUAUACACUUCCAGUGUCGAAGGCUGGACAGAUCUGCCCACUUUAGUACUCUGGCAAUUAAACAGAACCCUCUUCUGGCAGAAGCCUAUUCGAAUUUGGGGAAUGUGUACAAGGAAGGAAGGCAGUUGCAGGAAACAAUUGAGCAUUACUAGUAUUCAUUGUGUCUCAAACCAGAUUUCAUCGAUGGUUAUAUUAACCUGGCAGCCGCUUUGGUAGAAGCAGGCGUCAUGGAAGGGGCAGUACGAGCUUACGUCUCUGCUCUUCAGUACAAUCCUGAUUUGUACUGUGUUCGCAGUGACCAGGGAAACCUGCUCAAAGCCCUGAGUCGCUUGGAAGGAACCAAGGCAUGUUAUAUGAAAGCAAUUGAUACGCAACCGAACUUUUCAAUAGCUUGGAGUACUUGUGUUUUCAAUGCACAAGGGGAGAUUUGGCUUGCAAUUCGUCACUUUGAAAAGGCUGCCAUCCUUGACCCCCAUUUUCUGGAUGCUUAUAUCAAUUUAGGAAAUGUCUUGAAAGAGGCACGGAUUUUUGACAGAGCUGUGGCAGCUUACCUUUUUGCCCUAAGCUUGUGUCCAAAUCAUGCAGUGGUACAUGGCAACCUGGCUCGUGCAUACUAUGAGCGGGGCCUGAUAGAUCUGGCAAUAGACACCUACAGGCGAGCUAUUGAAUUGCCACCACAUUUCCCUGAUUCUUACUGCAACCUGGCCAACACUCUCAAAGAGAAGGGCAGUGUUGCCGAAGCAGAAGAUUGUUAUAAUACAGCUCUCCGGCUGUGUCCCACCCAUGCAGACUCUCUGAAUAACCUAGCCAAUAUCAAACGAGAACAGGGAAACAUUGAAGAGGCAGUUCGCUUGUAUCGUAAAGCAUUAGAAGUCUUCCCAGAGUUUGCUGCUGCCCAUUCAAAUUUAGCAAGUGUAUUGCAGCAGCAGGGAGAACUGCAGGACGCUCUGAUGCAUUAUCAGGAGGCUAUUCGAAUCAGUCCUACCUUUGCUGAUGCCUACUAUAAUAUGGGAAACACUCUAAUGGAGAUGCAGGAUGUCCAGGGAGCCUGGCAGUGUUAUACUCUUGCCAUUCAGAUUAACCCUGCAUUUGCGGAUGCCCACAGCAAUCUGGCUUCCAUUAGCAAGGAUUCAGGGAAUAUUCCAGAAGCAAUUGUUUCUUUUUGCACUGCUCUGAAGCUUAAACCUGAUUUUCCUGACGCUUAUUGUAAUUUGGCUCAUUGCCUGCAGAUUGCCUGUGAUUGGACAGACUAUGAUGAGCGAAUGAAGAAGUUGGUCAGCAUUGUGGCUGACCAGUUAGAGAAGAAUAGGUUGCCUUCUGUGCAACCUCAUCAUAGUAUGCUAUAUCCUCUUUAUCAUGGCUUCAGGAAGGCUAUUGCUGAGAGGCAUGGGGACGUCUGCUUGGAUAAUAUAAAUGUCCAUCAUAAACCACGGUAUGAACCUCCAAAAGACUUGAUGCUCAGUGAUGGUCGACUGCGUGUAGGAUACGUGAGUUCUGACUUUGGGAAUCAUCCUACUUCUCAUCUUAUGCAGUCUAUUCCAGGCAUGCACAAUCCUGAUAAAUUUGAGGUAUUCUGUUAUGCCCUGAGCCCAGAUGAUGGCACAAACUUCCGAGUGAAGGUGAUGUCAGAAGCCCAUCAUUUCACUGAUCUUUCUCAGAUUCCAUGUGAUGGAAAAACAGCUGAUCGCAUCCAUCAAGAUGGUAUACACAUCCUUGUAAAUAUGAAUGGUUAUACCAAGGGUGCUCGAAAUGAACUCUUUGCUCUCAGGCCAGCUCCUAUUCAGGCAAUGUGGCUGGGGUACCCUGGGACUAGUGGCGUGCUUUUCAUUGAUUAUAUCAUCACUGAUUAGGAAACUUCACCUGCUGAAUUUGCUGAGCAGUAUUCUGAGAAACUGGCUUAUAUGCCCCAUACUUUCUUUAUAGGUGUUCAUGCUAAUAUGUUCCCUCACCUGAAGAAAAAAGCGGUCAUCGAUUUUAAGUCCAAUGGGCACAUUUAUGACAAUCGGAUUGUGCUGAAUGGCAUCGACCUCAAAGCAUUUCUUGAUAGUCUACCAGAUGUGAAAAUAGUCAAGAUGAAAUGUCCUGAUGGAGAAGACAACGCAGACAGCAGUAAUACAGCUCUUAAUAUGCCUGUCAUUCCUAGGAAUACUAUUGCAGAAGCAGUUAUUGAAAUGAUUAACAGAGGACAAAUUCAGAUAACAAUUAAUGGAUUCAGUAUUAGCAAUGGACUGUCAACUACCCACUUCAACAAUAAGGCUGGACUGGAGAGGAGUAUUAGCAAUGGACUGACAACUACCCAGAUCAACAAUAAGGCUGCCACUGGAGAGGAGGUUCCCCGUACCAUUAUUGUAACCACACGUUCUCAGUACGGGUUACCGGAAGAUGCCAUUGUGUACUGUAACUUUAAUCAGUUAUAUAAAAUUGACCCACCUACUUUGCAGAUGUGGGCAAGUAUUCUGAAGCGUGUUCCCAAUAGUGUACUCUGGCCGUGGCGUUUUCUAGCAGUAGGAGAACCUUAUAUUCAACAGUACGCACAAAAUAUGGGCCUUCCCCAGAACCGUGUCAUUUUUUCACCUGUUGCUCCUAAAGAGGAACAUGUUCGGAGAGGCCAGCUGGCUGAUGUCUGCUUGGACACUCCACUCUGUAAUGGACACACCACAGGGAUGGAUGUCCUUUGGGCAGGGACACCCAUGGUGACUAUGCCGGGAGAGACUCUUGCUUCCCGAGUUGUAGCUUCCCAGCUCACUUGUUUAGGCUGUCCUGAGCUUAUUGCUAAAAAUAGACAAGACUAUGAAGACAUAGCUGUGAAACUGGGAACUGAUCUAGAAUACCUGAAGAAAAUUCGUGGCAAAUUCUGGAAGCAGAGACUAUCUAGUCCUCUGUUCAACACCAAACAAUACACAAUGGAACUAGAGCGGCUCUAUCUACAGAUGUGGGAGCAUUAUGCAGCUGGCAACAAACCUGAUCACAUGAUUAAGCCUGUUGAAGUCACUGAGUCAGCCUACAUAAUGACUGUGUGCACAGGGGAAUUACCCCUGUACCUGAGCCUCAACCUUCUGGGGGAAAGGGAACUACUUUUUCCUUAUCUGUACAAUAUCAUGUUGCACAUGGGUGACAGACAAUGAUAAGAAAUAGCACAGCCAGAGUUGCUUCCUGCAUGAUCAUGAUAGGGAGAGACACAAGAAAUGGGAAGCUGCUGUUCCACAAGGCGUCUCCAGAGAAUUUUGCAGCAGCCAGUUGUUGCAUAAGUCUGGAAGGUCUCAUCUCCCUUGGUCUUCCAUGGGAUGGAUGGUAAGUGUGGAAGGGAGAUAGAGAUUGCCCAGCCAUUUUGUGAUUAUCAUGGAUUGACUGAAUCUUCUGAAUUAAUUUUUUUCUUUAUAUUUUGGGUAUUAGAGCUUUUAAAAAUGUUUGGUUUCAGGUAUUUUUAUUCAUGUGAAGUGUAUAUGAUUCUCUUGCGAUAAGGUUUUAAGCUAAAAUAUUCCUUG